AUGUCUCAAUUAUGUUCAAUCGAGAAAUGUAUCCGUAUAUCACGUGGAUUGUGCGAUUGUUGCCAACAAUAUCUCUGUUUACAACAUUUAAAUGAACAUAACGCCUUACUCAUUUCUCAACUGAAUCCUUUGGCUGAUGAAAUUAAUGCACUGGAAUAUCGUCUUCAAAUAUUAAACAUUCAGAAAAUAAUUCACAAUGGUCGUCAAAAGCUUGAACAAUGGCGUCAAGAUUGUUAUAAGAUGAUUAAUUCUCUUUUUGAACAAAAAUGUCAAGAACUUGAUCAAAUUGUUAAUGAAACAGUUGAAGAACAACGAGAAAAACUGAAUCAAAUACAAACGAAGAUAAUUGAACUCAUCAACGCACAAGAAACAACUCAUGAAGAUGUUAAUUCAUUGAAAUCAAAUAUUCACCAGCUCGAAACAACUAUGAACAAUAUCGAACAAACAUGUUUUACGAUUAAUACUCGUCCAUUACUAAUAGAUAACAAAUUCGUUUUAAUUAAGAAAACAACUGAACAUGAACUUGAUCUAUCAACUCUUUCGCCUGUCUACGACACGAUUCAUCGUCUAGAUGAAAGUUUUAGAUUACUAACUACAAAUGAUCGAUACUUAUUGAUACAUCAACAUCCAAAUUUAUGUUUAUUUGAUCGAGAAAUGAACAUCGUCAAACAAGCGUUAUGGUCUUAUGGAGAAAUUCAGGAUAUGUGUUGGUCAUCAACAUUAGAUCGCUUCAUUGUGCUUGGAGAAAAUAACAUCUUUUUAAUUGAUGAAAAUACGAUGUCAGUUAAUAAUGUUCAGAGCAUUGAAGAACGAGACUUGAUGUCGUGUACAUGUUCUGACACAGUUCUUUUUGCAAGCACAAAUGAACCUGCUUCAUCUAUUAUGCAAUUUACACUCUUCUCAGAAAUGGAAUUCAUUGGAGAAUGGAAAUAUCCUCUUACGUUAAAUCCUUUGGCUGAUGAAAUUAAUGAACUUGGAGAUCGUCUCAAAACACUAAAUAUUCAUAAAAAGAUUGAUUAUUCAUUUGAACAAAAUUGCCAAGAACUUCAUCAAUUUGUUAAUGAAAAAGAUGGCCAACAACGUGAAGAACUUAAUUGA